AUGUCGCGGUCGUACUAUGACAACCUGGGUGAGGCCCAGGAUUUGGAUGAGGCCUGCAAUGGGGCCGAGGACUCAGAGGAAAUGUCGGGCGGUGGCGUCGAUCGGGGCUGCGGCGACCAGGCACGGGUGGCUGGUCUUCCGGAGGAGACAGGAGUGGGGAGAAGCAACGACCGCGACGAGUUUUUUGGGAUGGAUGGUCAGAAGAUGGGAAGUGGAUGGGUCGAGAAGGAGGAGAUCUUCGUGAUGAUCAGGCCCCUGGAGGACGGGACCUUCGGCUUCCACGAGCUCGGGCACAUCCUCCUGGCAAGGGACGGCAGCGAUGCUGGGUCCUCCUACUGGGGCGAAGUGAACGAGACCAAUGCAGUGUGGGAGGAGAAGAGCGUGCACGGCUAUGUGACCGAGACGGAGGACUCCAAGGGCAAGGUGAAGGUCGCUGGGGCUGGAGCAGAGAAUGGGGAGUACAAGCCCGCUGGGAAGGUCAGUGGCUCGUACCCUCCGGUCUUCCGGGCCAAACCCCAGGAGUCCUACAUCGAGUGGAAGCGCUCGGUGGAGUUCUGGGUGGGAAGCGAGGCAGGACAAUUGCCUCCAGCCUUAAUCGGGCCACGGAUGAUGGUGCAACUUAAAGAUCGAGCGGCCCAACUCGUGAAACAUUUGACUCUGGAAGAUGUCAACUACCCCGGCGGCAUGCAGAAAAUCUUUGGUGUGCUGGAGGCCUCUCCGAUCAUCAAGCAGGUGGAGAGGCAUCGCAUCGAUGAGCAUCGGCGCCGCUUAAUGCAACUUAGCCGUGCUGCGGGGGAGUCCAUGGAGUCAUACAUCACGAGGGCAAGCGUGUAUCGGUCGCACCUCUUGAGCAUCGAUGCUACGCUGGCGAUGGGCGAGGCCUUUUAUGUUGGGCACCUCCUUGACCAUGCGAAGUUGACGAGGAGGGACAAGGCCAUGAUAAAGACCAAGGCCGUCCACAUCGGUGAUGAGGCGGCGGUGACGGGCGCGAUGAUGGACCUGGCUUCGGAGCUGGAUGGCGAGCCGGGGUUCCCGAUUGGCUUUUCUGAGCCGAACCAGGCUCGGAACGGUGAAGAGUGGUUGCUUCAACGAGGUGAGGCGAGGAACCCGCGGCCCGUCACCGGACAGCCGGGUUCGCGAGCUGCCCGAGGUGUCUUUGCGGCCAAUGCAGAAGUUGCCCAAGGCGGUGAGGAGAGCUACUUUGGUCACGAGGACGGCGAGGACUCCCUGGAGGACACCGAGCUGCCGCCCGAGGUCCUCACUCUGGAGAAUGAAGCCUUCGGGACUCAUUUUAAGGCGAGGCAGAAGAUUGCCGAGGUCAAGAAGUUGCGCCAAUAUUAUCGGCGACCCGAGGCCAGCGAGGACCGCAAGAAGCUGAUUCAGGAAAAGAUGAAGACGCAUCCCUGUCAUGCUUGCGGGCAGCUUGGACACUGGUCGAGGGAAUGCCCCUCCCCAGGACCGAGAGCGCAGGCUGUCCUCGCUGCGAAGUCACGGCCUUUGCCAGCAGUUCCGGAGGAGACCGCCACAGCCGGUGCCGAAUGGGCUUUGCUGGCUUCCUUGUGCUCCGACCCAAAGGUGGCCGAUGAUGUGAUUCAGCGAGCUUCCGAGCCCGGUGCGAGAUAUAUGACGCAUGCCACGUUAGCCACAGUGAGUGCAGUCUUGAAUGAGGUGUGUUGGUCGCUGUCUGAGCUUGUGUACAAGGUCAUUCUCGAUAUCGGGUGCAUGCGGUCGGUGGCGGGUGUAAACUGGGCAAACAUGUUGGUGGCCAGGUGGAAGAAAGAAGGUCGGUGGCUCAGGGUCGAUCCAGAGCGAGAGGUGUUCAAGUUCGGGGACGGUGAGGUGCUCGAGAGUCGGUACAGAGUGUCCUUCCUUGGGAGUUUCGGUGGGAAGCCGGUGGUGUAUGGCUUCAGUAUCGUCGAUGGGGUAUGUCCUCCUCUUUUCUCACGAGCUGGCUGCACACAGAUUGGGGCGGUGAUUGACUGUGAGCAUCAUGCAGUGUCGGCUAGGCGAGUCGGUGUUCGGUCUUAUGGUCUGGGAGUGGAUAGCGGUCACUACACCAUGCCUGUGGAUGAGUGCGAAGAUGUGCAGCAUGCCCUCCCCGACGACUUCAAGUUGCCUGCCGGUUGUGACAUCAUGCCUCUUUGCAAGGGGCCCCACCGGACGAAGGAUUGCCCGAACAUUCUGGACUCGGACGACGAGGGCUUCUCCAAGGUCUCCACCCAGAGCGAGAUGGCGGUGGACGCGGAGGAGGCCGAUCGGAUGGCCCGCAAGAAGCCGCAGCCACGGCGCAUGCUGGAACCGAAGGCGGCGGCCACGAGCUCCGGGGAACAGGUGAUCCCCGAGUUGGCCUCGGCGCUGACUCCCGAGGAGGUCCAGUUCUUGAACAAGAGGCGCAGCAAGGCCGCGGCGGCGAAGUCGAGGGCGGAGACCAAGAAAGCUCUCACCGGGGAGCAAGCGGACUAUCCUUCUCUGAGCCACGUGUGGGCCAACGAGGUCUGCCUCAAUCUGGCCUGCUCUGUCCGAAGCCGGAUGCGCACCUUUCUGUGGAAGAAGUUUGUGUGGCAGCUGAGGGUCAAAGCUGCCAUCGAGCGCGAGCAGAGCAAGAGGUGGAAGAGGAACCCACGGUGGCUUGCCAUGUUGACCGGCCGAGAAGUUGCAGCCUUGUGGGGCCACCUGGGGUCCAUGAGGCAAAAGAUCAACUCGCCGACGGCGGGUGUGACGGCAGGGAAGCAGGUGAUCCAGCAGCUCUCCGACCUCGCGUCACAGAAUGGCUCCUGGGUCCUCCUUGAGGUGUUUGCGGGCGGCGCGACGUUGACUCAGGUGGCCGGGGGCCAGGGCAGUUGGCGGGCUCUGGCGGCAGUGGAUAUCGCUGGUGGCUGGGAUCUCAGCUGCCGUGAGACAGCCAAGAAGCUGCUGGCCCUGAUCGACCACGAGCGCCCGGACUUGGUCACGUUGGCUCCUCCGUGUGGCCCUCCCCUCGAACCAGACGUAGUCGAACCUCUCACCCAUGAGGGAGUUCUCGGCCAAGUGCUGCCGGAGGUGCUCCUCGGGCAUUGA